AUUUGCAAUGUUGCAAAAUGUUUUUUUUGCGUGGUGGUUUCAUCGGCCACAUCUGGAUCAUGUUUCUCACUUUUCUGUCUCUUGACUCUUUGUGUGUCAGAAAUGUCCUUAAAUAUUUCAGAGAGUGAAUGGAAAACAGCCCUGACCUCCAUCCUGGAGCAGCUGGAUGAGCAGGAAUACACGAAGAUGCUGUUUUGUUCCUGUUUUGGAAAAAUCCCCAAAAGUGUGAAGACUAGCAAGCCCAGAGAGGAGAUGCCUCAAACACUCAUCCAGUUCUUAGGAGUAGAUGGGUCCAUCUCUGCAAUCAAUGAGGCAAUGGAGCAAAUACCGAGGAUGGACUCUGCAGUCCAGGACAAGCUGCGUCCCUUUGUGAACAAACUGAGCAUCAAACAGGAAGAAGAGAACAAAGAUCAACCGAUGAGCAGCCAACCUGACACGGACCACAUCCUUACAAACCAGGAGCUGCGUAAAGGGGAUUUCCUCAUCAGUGAAAAUGGCAAAUACAAAGCUGUUUUCCAGGAAGACGGUAACUUUGUCAUCUUCGCUCUGUGUCCUAUUUGGGCAACAGGAACAGCCGGUGAGAACCCUCAUCGGAUCAUUGUGCAGCCGGACAAUAACUUGGUUAUGUACAACGGAAGAAACAAGCCGGUUUGGGCCUCUGACACCUGGGAAGAAAAGGAACACGAACACAGCGAUAAGAUGUGCCUCACUAUGACCAACGAGGGUAAACUGGUUCUUGACAAAGAUGGAGAGAUUCUUUGGAGUGAUGGAAAACAAUGGUAG